CUGGGCCUGAAGAUCAAGGAGGAGGAGCCCGGAGCGCCGUCGCGGGGCCCGGGGGGCGGCCGCACGCCGCUGGGGGAGUUCAUCUGCCAGCUGUGCAAGGAGCAGUACGCAGACCCCUUCGCGCUGGCCCAGCACCGCUGCUCCCGCAUCGUGCGCGUCGAGUACCGCUGCCCUGAGUGCGACAAGGUCUUCAGCUGCCCCGCGAACCUCGCUUCCCACCGCCGCUGGCACAAGCCGCGUCCCGCCGCUGCGAACGCCGCCGCGGUCUCCUCCGCCGACGGGCCGCCGCCUCUCGUGUCGUCUUCGUCCGCCCCGGACGCGGGGGCCCUGGCGUCUCUGCUGGCGGAGGGGAAGGAGAACAGCCGGACGGAGCGGACUGCGGAUCAGCACCCGCAGGCCGGGGACAGCUCCGGGGCGGAUCAGCACCAGGACAGCGCCCCGCGCCAGGGCCUGCAGGUGCUCUCCGAGCCGCCGCGGCCGUGCGGGGCGCACUUCCCGUCCGCGGAUAUCAGGGAGAAGCACCGGCUGUGGCACGCCGUCCGCGAGGAGCUGCUCCUGCCAGCUCUGGCAGGAGCGCCUCCCGAAACGCCGGGCCCGGGCGGGGCGGCCGACGGGAGUGCCCAGCAGAUUUUCUCGUGCAAGCACUGCCCGUCCACCUUCUUUAGCUCCCCGGGGCUUACACGGCACAUCAAUAAGUGCCACCCCUCGGAAAGUCGGCAAGUGUUGCUGCUGCAGAUGCCACUGCGACCCGGCUGCUGA